AUGGACUCGGAGACUGUGACAGGCCUGGGGUCCAGCCCUACCAAGGGGCUCUUGACGGCAGCUCAGGAACUGGGCAGCCUGAUGCCCAAGAAGAUCUCCUUUCUGGGAGCCGCCCAAGGUGUGCUGACCCUGGCCUGGGACCCUGGCCCUGCGUGUUUGCAGAGACAUGGCCAGUACCUGUCAGCUUAUGGGCCACAAAGGCUCUUCGCGGCCAAGUGCAGCGGCUGCAUGGAGAAGAUCGCCCCCACCGAGUUUGUGAUGCGGGCUCUGGAAUGUGUGUACCACCUGGGCUGCUUCUGCUGCUGCGUGUGUGAGCGGCAGCUGCGCAAGGGCGACGAGUUUGUGCUGAAGGAGGGCCAGCUGCUAUGCAAGGGCGACUACGAGAAGGAGAAGGACCUGCUCAGCUCCGUGAGCCCCGACGAGUCUGACUCUGUGAAGAGCGAGGACGAGGAUGGGGACAUGAAGCCAGCCAAGGGGCAGGGCAGCCAGAGCAAAGGCAGCGGGGAUGACGGGAAGGACCCACGGAGGCCCAAGCGACCCCGGACCAUCCUGACCACGCAGCAGCGAAGAGCAUUCAAGGCCUCCUUCGAGGUCUCCUCCAAGCCCUGCCGGAAGGUCCGAGAGACGCUGGCGGCUGAGACGGGCCUCAGCGUGCGCGUGGUCCAGGUCUGGUUUCAGAACCAAAGAGCAAAGAUGAAGAAGCUGGCGCGGCGGCACCAGCAGCAGCAGGAGCAGCAGAACUCCCAGCGGCUGGGCCAAGAGGUCCUGUCAAGCCGCAUGGAGGGCAUGAUGGCCUCCUACACGCCGCUGGCCCCGCCGCAGCAGCAGAUCGUGGCCAUGGAGCAGAGUCCCUAUGGCAGCAGCGACCCCUUCCAGCAGGGCCUCACGCCGCCCCAAAUGCCAGGGAACGACUCCAUCUUCCACGACAUCGACAGCGAUACCUCCCUCACCAGCCUCAGCGACUGCUUCCUGGGCUCCUCGGAAGUGGGCUCCCUGCAGGCCCGUGUGGGGAACCCCAUCGACCGACUCUACUCCAUGCAGAGUUCCUACUUCGCCUCCUGA